AUGUUCAGAUCAAAACUACCCCAAUCCUGGAACCCCAUAGGCCCAAGACGCCGAGCAGCCCUAAGGCACACACGCACAAUCUUCCUCUCAAACGGACAGCCCCACUACGAAAACCUCAGCCCAAUGACGGACCUGUGGUGGGUAUCAGUCAAGCUAUCCAUCACAGACUACCUCUUCUCCGACGAAGAGUUGAUGGACGUAGUGGCUGACCGGUGCCGCGCUGGAGACUGUGAGAUCACCCACUACGAGGCCAUGCAUCACCGGCGCGAGCUGUAUGUCUCGUUUCCCGUCAUGAAUUGUGAUAAGGACCUUGGGCAGCGCGGCUGGGUUUUUAUCGUUAUUGGGCUUGUCGAGCAUUAUCAGAGGGAGAUUGGGGCUGGGCGGCUGGCUGUUGAUCGGGAUUAUGUUUUUGGGACUAGGGGAUAG